AUGUGUCUUGACAGCGCACUCGUGCCUCCCUACCAUCCCCUGCCUCACAUCUCACUCUGUCUCCGAUCUGAACCUGACACGGCUGUCAGCUCGGUACCCCUUUGCCCUAGCGCCUUCGAUAUCGCCGCUGUCUUGAAGGAGCAUAGCGAGGCUGAGAUUGCUACAGAGGAAGGGGAGGAGGAUGUUUCCUUAGGCCACCAAGCCCAGCCGCUGUCCCCGCUCGCCGACCUUUCUGAGCCAUCCGGCGCCAAGCCGACCUCACUCGAGCGGAAAAGAACGAGAAAGGGAGGGGGCAGCGAGGGUGGCAAGCAAAACAGCGGGGCGGCAGGACGGGACACAGAAGCUUCUACCUUCCAGCCUCUCCUGAACGACUAUAUAACAACCCUGCAACGCACCCAUCCAACGACACCCUUUGUCUCCAUAUCCCACCGCCACCAUGUCAUUCGGGACCCAGCUUCGUCGAGGCCAUCCCAGUGCGUACCUCACCACCAUUUUGUUGUCACUCGCAUUGAUUUCCACGCAGUCGCCCUUGGUCUCGUCAUCCUACUUGCCAUCUUUGAGCUCGCACUCUCCGCCUGGCUCACAUCCAAGUUCAAUGCCUUGCACCACUACCGAAAUCCCUCAGAGGGCGAUCGCGUCCGGUCCACCCUCCUCACGCCCACAUGGACUAUUCUCACGUCGGGGAUGCUCAUCCUCCUGUUCAUGCACUCGCCCGACGGCUCGGUGCUGACCAGUGUCCUCGCUCUCUGUCGUGCUCUCUCCUUCCAUCAACUUGAGCUUCGUUCCGUUUGCCCAGUUGACCGUCAUCGACGCAUCGCUCGGCGGACGUUCUCUUGGACACCCUACGGCGGUGCGGGCAGCUGCGCAGCCUAGCUCUUCAACUCGGGGCGGACCGAUCCGGCGGCACGUUUGUCCCGCAUCACACUUCGCUGCCCUACCUCUCGGACCUGAAGAUGACCGUAACGGCAGUCAAUCUGACCGAGUUGUUCGACUGUCUGACCCUGCCCUGUCUGGACAAGCUCAUGGUGCAUUACAACGAUGCACCUCACGUGGCGGAUGACGCUCGAGCCUUGGACCGUCUGCUUAUCCGCUCAAAAGCGUUCCUGAAACGACUCGAUCUCGCGGAUGCACAGCACCCCGGGAUCGAAUGGCAUCUUUCCUGGCUUCAGAUGCGAAGCAUGCAGCGCCUGGAGGAGCUGUACAUGCAUAUCGCGCUCGACGAUGCAUUCGUCGCCGCCCUCACUCUCCGUCCCGACCUCCCAUCCUCGCUGUUUCCUGGUCUGCACACGCUCUAUCUCCACGACACGGAGGCCGGCCAGCACCUCAACGAUCUCGAGCUAUACCGCAUGGUCGUCUCGCGGAUCGUUCCGUUGACGAUAGUCACUCUGCUGGUUCGCAUCGCUGGUCAUCAUGCGGCCCCAGCUCUUCCGCUCUUGAUCGAGCGUUGCAAAAAUCACAUAAGUCUUGCCCUGACAUUGCUGCCUUGCGGAGAUCCGACGGCAAAGACCGGGCGAUAUCUGCCGCCGCCGAUGGCAGGAGGAUAUUGCGUGGAGUGAUGUCACGCGCAUGGAAUGGUCGGACUUGGCCUUGGCUGGACGCUAUCUCGUCGCUGACGUGUUGUCGGGGUAUAUUUGUAGGCGUGGUGGUUCGCUGCUGGUUGAGUGCAUUCUAGGCGGUGCACGCCGGCCCACGCGAUGUCUGUUCUUCGGCCCUCUGUUUUGAACUCUCCGGAAUUGGAUUCGGCCCAUACAAGCUCGAUUGGAUAUCGGUGCUCGAUUACUCAGUGGUAUACCCGUGAGAGGGUUCCCAGUUUCCUCCAAGGUUGUUCGGAAUUCGAGUAACUUGAUCAACCCCAGUCCUCACUUGUAGAGUUUGCUGGUAGUC